GUGGCGGCGGCGAGCAGAGGGCCGCUAUGGCAGCAUCGGCGUUGCUGACCCUGCUGGCACGGAAAAUGGGUCCCGUCCCGACGGGGGUGACCGCGCGGGGAGCGGUUAUUGCAGGGCUGUCUCCCCCUCAGGUCAUGGCUGCCACUGUUAGAUAUGCAUCCAAGAAGACUGGAGGUAGUUCAAAAAACCUUGGUGGGAAGUCACCAGGCAAACACUACGGCAUCAAGAAAUUGGAGGGUCAGUAUGUUCAUGCUGGGAACAUCAUUGGAACUCAGCGCCAGUACCGCUGGCAUCCAGGAGCUCAUGUAGGACUGGGUAAGAACAAGUGUCUCUAUGCCCUGGAAGAGGGCAUUGUCCACUACACGAAAGAUGUAUAUGUGCCCAAUCCCAGUAGUCCUGAAGGUGUAGACUUGGUCACCCAGCUGCCCAAGGGUGCUGUGCUCUACAAGACUUUUGUCCACGUUGUCCCUGCCAAGCCUGUAGGCACCUUCAAAUUGGUAGCUAUGCUCUGAGCCUAUUGGCCAUAUCAUUGGUUGGAAACUAGAGCCAGAGUGCCAGAAGAAAAUGGAGCCAGAUGCCAAGGAAUCUGGAUGGAAGCAAGUCUCCCUGAGAGUGUGGGUUUGGUUGACUAUAAACACAGAAGAGACUGUGAAGCGGCCACCCAAGGAGUAAUGAAGGUGGACAUAUCUGAAGUCAAAAUAAAAUCAGUUCAAACUGUGA